CUCGGCCCCGCGGCGGGGCGGGAGCGGACACGACGCGCGGGGCGCCCCGCCCGCCCCGGACGCGGAAGCCACGGGUGCUACAACUGUCGGGGCUGUCGUGACAUCGCCGGGGCCGCGGGACGACUUACCUAGUUAGGAAGAGCUGACUGGUAAAGAGAAAAUGACGUCUCUAGAAAAAGUUGAUGAGGCCUCAUCGCCCAUUCGAGGACCUGGCGAUGGCAUGGAAAUGGAGCAGACAGCUGGAUCGGUGGAAGUAAUUACUGGAGCCAACACUACAAACCAUCACAUCCACCACAGCCCACAUAAAAAGACAGCCUCUUCCCUGAGUCCUGGAGUUCUGCAGCUGGGGAAAGUACAUGCUGACAAAUCAGUGGAAAUUGAAGCUAUUCGUAUAUUAGUCCCCAAAGCAGCCAUCACCCAUGUUGUUCCAACUAAAAAUGCUAAGGUAGCUAAAUCUGUGGGACAUAAAGGAGACACGUUCCAUCAGUCGGAUGGAGCCACAGAUCCCAAGAAAGAACAUUUAGAGCUAAAAAAUGCAAUUGAAAAGCUGAAAAAUUCAGAAAAGCGGUUGUUACAGGAUAAGGAAGGUCUCUCUAAUCAGCUGCGUAUUCAGACAGAGGUCAAUCGGGAGCUGAAGAAAUUACUUGUUGCUUCUAUGGGGGACGAUCUGCAAUAUCACUUUGAACGGAUGGCUCGUGAGAAAAAUCAGCUCAUCCUAGAAAAUGAAGUCCUGGGCCGGAAUAUGUCUCAGUUGUCUGAACAAUUAGAGCGCAUGUCUAUCCAAUGUGACGUGUGGCGAAGCAAAUUCCUAGCAAGCAGGGUUAUGGCUGAUGAAUUAACUAAUACCAGAGCAAUUCUUCAGCGUCAAACCAGGGAUGCCCAAAGUGCAAUCCAGGACUUGCUAAAUGAACGUGAUCAGUUCCGUCAGGAGAUGAUUGAUACACAGAAGCUGCUGGAGGAGCUCAUGGUCUCUCUUCAGUGGGGGAGACAACAGACAUAUUACCCUAGUGCCCAGCCUUACACUACAACAGAGCUAGCAGCUGUGAACUGUAAGCUAGCCAAAGCUGUGAGCUCACAUCUUCUGGGAAAUGUUGGCCCUAACAGUCCAAAAAAGACUUCAACAAGUGUGGAGUUUUGCAAUACCCCUGCUGAGAAAAUGGCCGAAAUGAUGUUACGUGUACUGGAUCCAGCUGCACGUCCAGAAACAUCAACAGAAGUUUCUUUUUCUGAGGCUUCACCAUCUUCCUUCCUUUCCUCAAAGAAGAGUAUUGGAAGGUUUCACCCAUAUACAAGAUACGAAGAUGUAACCUUCAAUUGUUGCAAUCACUGUCAAGGAGAGCUGAUAGCCCUUUAAAAAUUCAGCCAAGACAAUUGCACAUGCACUCCUGAAGAAUUACACUAGUUGAUGUUCAGCAUGCUUCCCUUUGUCCUUCUUUUCAUAAUGGGUGGGUUUAACAUUGGAAAUCAUGCAGUUUCUGCUUCUCUACCUCUUGAAGUUAGGGACUGGCAGGAUUUCUGUAGCCUCUGGGAUACUUCUUCUACUUCUCAGUCUGGAAAGCUACUUAUUUUCUUCUACAAAGGCACAACUAUUUAAGGUUUAUAGUCUUAUUAGCAAAUCUUAAUAAAUUUCCCUUUAGAGGGAGACAGAAGUAUAAGUAUACCAAAGUAAAUGACAUGCUGAUAGGUUAUGUCUAAAUUAAAGUAAUGGAAAAUGGUCAGCUCCAUGCUUGCUUUUUUUUUUUUUUUUUUAAAUCUUAGCCAAGGGGAUGAACCAUCCCCAAGUCUAUGUGCAGCCUUUUAAAUUUAGUAAUAAAAAGGAAUAUGUGCAAUGAUUCUUCAUAGCUGUAGGCUCUGAAGGGAAGAGCAUAUGCAGUGUCAGCCCUCCUGGCAAGAAAGAGGAGCUUGAAUGAACUCUAGCUAAAUAUAUAAAUAGUAACUGGUUUCAAAUGGAUUCUAGAAAA